CUCUUUGCUGCUCCAUCGUAACGACCUUCAAGUGGCACGCGGUGACGAACGGUGUCACGUAAGAUACCGCGGGGCGGGCGACGCUUGAUGACACUGACGGAAGCGACCAAGGCUCGUUCAAUUGUUUAUGCACCUCGAUUCCUCUGGCUGGCGCGGUAGCAACGCCCAUCUGUGUCGACGCGCCCCGCCAUGUGGCAGAACGUGGGGACAAAAACACAGAUCCCGUGACUCACACCCAUCAUCCGAGUUGGUCACUCCAUCAUCAUCAUCAACAUCGACGACCAUGCCCCGCUUUGGGUCGACGCUGCCGGCGCAGGUCGAGAUCCUCGAGAUCGACAUUGCUGCGCUCGACAACCUCCUCCGCACCGAUACGACGACGCACGUGCUGCGGUCGCGCGACCUCGUCCGCGCCAUUACCGCGUACCAAACCGGUUGCGACGAGAUCAGCGUGACGCUCUUGGCGAUUCUCCGCCGCCUCUACCUCCCGCGCUACGAUCUACACGACUCGGUGCCCGAGGCCUUUGUGCCGCUGCGCCACGUCCUGCCGUGGUGGCUCGCCAAGCACGCUGCGGACCUUCUCCAGCGUCUGCCCAUCGACGUCCGCGCACCACUGCUCUGCUACGCAAUGGUGCACGGCCACAUGUGUCUGCUCGAGACACUUGUCGCGACGGAUCAACUCCAGAUGGACGAGCUGCACUGGGACCUCCUCGGGCGCCACGGCCACCUCAAGGUGCUCCAGUUCCUCCUCGCCGCUGGCGUCUCGGGGCCGCUGCACUUGGUGCUCGAGAACGCGGCCGUCGCGGGGCAUCUCAGCAUGGUCGCGUACCUCCAUGAUAUCGGCGUGCCCGUGACGUCCGAGACGCUCAUACUCGCAUGCGUCUUUGGCCGCAUUGAGGUGGCGCAGUACGCCCACGACGUAGCCAACGACGGCAUCUGGGACCCCGAGACCGUCGACUGCGCGGCGCGGCGCGGCCAUUUGAACAUUGUGCGUUUCCUGCACCAGUUUGACUACGACGGCUUCUCGAGCAGUACGAUGGACGUGGCAGCCGAGCACGGGCACCUAGAGGUCGUUCGGUUCCUCCACGAGCACCGCUUCGACGGCUGCUCGGCCGCUGCGAUGCUUGGCGCCGUGCGCUAUGGCCACCUCGAGGUCGUCAUGUUCCUCGACUUGCACCGACCCGACGCGGCGACGGACAAUGCGGUCGUCGUCGCGAUGCAGCACGGCCAGGAGCACGUGAUUGCGUACUUCCAGGAGGAGCGCAAGCUCAAGAAGCGCUUUUCGCGGAUACAAAAGAAGGUCGCCGUCCUUGUCCGCAGCAACGACAGCAUGCGCCACCUGUACCACGGCCCAAAGACCAAACUCUGCUCGGCUUGAAUGUAUAUCACGUAUUUUGUACUACAAA